AUGCUGCCGUACGCGGGCAUCGUCUGCGCGCUCGAGGUCUGCAUGGUCUGCGCGGACACGGCCUGCGACGCCCUCGUCGUCGGGCUCACGAAGACCGAGGCCGAGGACGUCCGCGGGCGCGACGCCGGCGUCCCGCGGCGGUCGACGCUCGCGAACGCGUACUCGUGCCGCUUCACGGCGGCGCUGCUGAGCUCCGCGGCCAUCGCCGUGCUCUACGACGGCCCCAAGCAGGGGGGCCACAUGCCGUUCGCGCUGUCGCUGCGGACGUGGUGGGCCGUCGGCGUCGCGCCCGCGGGCUGCAUGCUCGUCGCCGGCGUCUUCACCCACGUCCGGGACGCGGAGCGCGCGCUGCCCGGCCGCGACGAGGCCGCGCCCUCCGUCGCCGCGGCCCUCGGCCGCUUCCGCGCGUGCCUCCGGCGGCCCGCGGCGCACCGCGUCGGCGUCGCGCUCUUCUGCAUCACGUCGCUGUCCCUCGUCACGAACAGCGCGUCGAACGCCGCCGCGAUCCAGUGGUUCGGCUACUCCAACCUGCAGUACGGCGUCGACAACACGAUGUCCUACGUGACGCUGACCAUCGUGCUCCAGCUCCUCAAGGCCUACGCGCUCCACUGCGACUGGCGCGCGCUCUUCUCGUCGGCCAUCUUCGGCAUGCAGGCCUUCUACGCGUCCUUCCUCAUCGUCGUCUGGUGCUGCUGGGCGCGCAACGGCUGGUUCUACGUGUUCCUCAACAUCGACAACCAGGUCGCGUACGACGUGACCUUCUUUUUGUCGGUCGUCAUGGUGCCGGAGCUCGUCGAGCCGGGCCUCGAGGGCGUCACCUACGGCGCCUUCACGACGCUCACGAACGCGGCGCAGAACGUCGCGUCCGCCGUGUCCGUGCAGCUCCUCGGCGUCUGGCCCCUGUCGAACGCGGCGCUCGACGCGGACACGCACGAGACGCGCGCGGACGUCACGCGGCUCCAGGUCGCGUGCUGCCUCGCGGGCCUCGCGGCCAUCCCCUUCACGCUGCUCCUGCCCUCGCAGAAGCACGACUGCGCGCGGCUCCGCGACGCGCCGUCGAGCCGGACCAUGGCCGACGCGGUCCUCGCGCUCAUCGUCCUCGGCAUGCUCUACGGCGCGACCAUGUCCAUCCUGCCCAUCGUCCCCGCGACGUCGUGCCUCAAGCUCGUCGGCGGCUCCGGCUGCGGCGCGGCCGCGGCGGCCGACGACGACGCGCCGGGCGCGGCCUACUGCGCCUAA